AUGCUCAAGUUGAGAGAUGCCGCUCGAACUUUUCAUAUGAAGGCGGUGGGGAAUGGGAAACUUAUCUCCUUCUGGUUUGAUCGCUGGUCGGAGAUUGGGGUGAUGAUUGAGAUACUUAGUGAAAGAGGUUUAAUAGAAAUGGGAAUUCGUCGGGAAGCUACUUUGGAAGAGGUUCUUUGGAACCAAAGGAGGAAGAAGAGACACAGAUGGCCUCUGUCAAAUGAAGUUGAAAAGGAGCUGAGUAUAGUCAAAGAUAAGCUGACUCUGGAUAUGGAUAUGGAUGAUGUGGAUAUGUGGAGAUGGAAGUCAGGGUUCAAACCCAGCUUCUCAACUUCCGAGACAUGGUCGAUGAUCCGAGAAGUAGCGACGCCAUGCACCUGGGGGCAGAGUAUCUGGUUCGCACAUGCCACAAUGGACCGAAUCGCUGGUUGGAAUCCAGGUGUAGACACUACUUGUGUUUUAUGUAAAAGAACCCCUGAGACAAGAAAUCAUCUGUUUUUUGAGUGCUCCUUCUCAUCCUUGAUUUGGGAACAUCUUGUCAAAGGGCUGUUGGGUAUAGCUUACUCGAACAAGUGGAAUAUUAUGGUUGAGCUAGUCUAUGUUCCGACAAUGGAGAAAAGAAAGAGGUUCUGUCUCAGAUAUGCACUACAGGUCACUGUGUACACGCUGUGGUGGGAGCGUAAUAUGCGACGACAUGGAGACCCUCUGAGGCCGAUGCAAUUUUUGGCUAAAUUCAUAGAUAAGUCAAUCAGGAACCAGCUGAGCCUAGUGCAAAUGAAGGAAAUGAAAGGGUCAGCUGGGUUUGGUGGUCUUCAAUUCGAGCAACCACCUCGUUGUAGAUUUGCUCGGACCAAGGAUCAACAAAUUGCCCAGCCUUGUUCUUGUGAAUCCUCUCGUAAAGAUCCUUAA